AUGGCUACUCCACCGUCCAUGGACGACUCCACGAAUGGUCACCCCCUCUUUCCCCCGGAGAUGCAGGACCACAUUCUUGACCACCUCUGGUCGGAUCGUUCGGCACUGAAAGCUUGCAGCCUCACCUGCCGCGCAUGGGUUCCCACUGUGCGACACCACCUCUUCCACUCCAUCUCUCUCAGAAAUAUCGACAUUCCGUCCCUACUACACGUACUCAAUGAGUCCAUCGGUCUCGUACACCAUGUCCACAAGCUCAGCAUGCGCGGGACAGGCCAACGGAUGUCAUUACUGGACACUGGGAUGCUGCGGCUCCUGGAGCGCCUGGGUGCGCUCGGUUGUGUGACGGUACAGUGGUGGAGGACAGACGUCGGACACUCAUGGCAGGGAGAGGGCAAUGAGCCACCGUUGCAGGCUAUUCCUCCUAGGCUGAGGGACGCAGGGCCCUACUUCAGCGUCACCCGCCUCAACUUCAUGGCCGACUGCGAGUUCGAUCGCAUAGAAUUCGACACGUUCCUCUUGGCGUUCCCGAGAUUGUCGACGCUGAACAUGUCUAAUCUCUCGCUGUUUCCAAACAAUACGCCCCAGCCUCGGAUUCCCGCUAGCAUCCGUCCAUUAGUAUCUGAAGUAUCCUGGGCGCACAAUGGAGGCAGGUUUUCUCCCUUCGGGAGCGAGCUCCCCCCUCUUGGGUGGCAUAUGAACCGUGGUCCCUUGGACCUCUCCCGGUUAUCCACUCUCAAAGUGCAGCUGUGGGGGGGCGUAGUCUGGUCGAUGCUGCGUGACCUCAUGCACACCUGCGGAGGUGCACUGCGACAUCUCGUACUGUCCCUCGAUGACGAUAUCGCUCGGUUCGAAUGCAAGCCGGGGAGCAUCGACUUGUCGCGCAACGUGAAUCUGGAGAUCCUGCAUAUCAAAGAUAUCUUACUGAACUGCUGCAUGCCCCUGCGCUGCGUCUGUGCCGUUCUGUGCCAGCUCACAUACCCAUUACCUGACGACGGUAAUGGAGAGCAGCGGCACUCACACGCACACUUGCGCAACGUCGUAAUCGACCUGUGCAACCCAUAUGCUUUCACAACUUCGACUAUUCCGGAAGAUCUCGACUGGGAUACUCUUGACGGGCAUCUCGCCCGGAUUUUGCAGUACAGUGCGGCAGCGGUCGUCACUCUCAGGGUCCCCGCCCCGCUCUUCGAGCCGCACACAUCCAUACUGGCGAUUUUACGCAGUCUGCCUGAGGCAACCAAGGUGGGGCGUCGGGAUCGGGCUGGCAAGCACAAGGGACGAGUGAGGAUCAUCCCUGUGUAUAUGCACCGGUAUUCCUCGGGUCCUUGGGAGGUUGGGACAGACGAGGCGCCCGAGGUGUGGGUCGUGUGA